AUGCCUGCAACAUCCAAUGAUACAGAGCUUGGAAAGCUAGCAAGGUCUAUGGAAAAGGCCAACAUGAACGACACAAGCGUAUUUGCCAGUGGUUUGGAAUUGACCUUUUCUGCUACUUUAGAUGACUCUGAAAGUUUAGAACAAUUGGGACCUGUAAUCAAAAAUAUUACAGAAACAGGAAAACAGGCGUCCUUUUUGGAAGCCUUAGAUGCUCUCAUUCGAAAAAAAGAUGGUGAAAUUGAACGCAUGUGUAAUUCUCAUUAUCAAGAAUUCGUUCAUGCCGUCGAUCAACUAUUAAAAGUAAGACAAGGCUCAGUUGAGUUACGAAGAAAGCUCGCUGAUGUGAAUGAGACUCUUCAAUCUCGAGGCACACGAUGGGCAGAAAGGAAACGAGAGUUGACAAAUGCCCGAAAAGUGCAACAAAAUGUGGAGGAUGCUAUUGAAGCACUUCAAUCCAGUCUCAUCGUCCUGGAAUCAGCCAAUAAAGUAAACGAAUUGUUGGAUAAAAAGAUAUAUUAUUCCGCACUAAAGACAUUGGAGACAUUGGAAAAUGACCGUUUGGGACAGACCACAGAAUACACCUUUACAAAAAUGCUAAGUCAAGAUGUGCCAAUCAUGCAAAAUACAAUUAAAAGCACUGUUACAGUUGAAUUAAAAGAAUGGCUAGCAAGAGUGCGUGAGAUAUCUCGGGAGAUCGGUAAUCUAGCUAUGCAACGGAUGCAAGAGAGACAAGACAGAUGGAGAUCAAAGACUACAGAAAACCCCAAGCUGAAAAACCUCCAACAUCACCAAGUCAAUUCCGCUAUAGAAAUGGUGGUAAAUGAAGGAUUGGAAAUUAAUAUUGAUUUUGAGCCUCUUUAUCGAUGUAUUCAUGUAUAUGAAACAUUGGGUAAACGAAAUGAGUUCAAAACAUCCUACUCAGAAGAUAGAAGAGCACAAGCCAAUUUAGCUUUAUCCACGCCUAUCAACUUACGAGAUGGAAACCUUACAACAUUUGAAACCUUACUUCAAGAUAUUGUGGGUUUCUUUAUUAUUGAGCAUAUGAUUUUACACAACACUACCGAGUUCAGAAGUCAGGCAGAGGUGGAUGGAUUAUGGGAGAUGGUUACAGGAAAAGUUAUUCUGGUGGUGUCUGAAAGUCUAAAGGGAUGCAGUGAUCCAGAGUUGUUCUUGCGCAUUAAAUUCUCCCUCUUGAUCUUUAUCCAGACGUUGGAAGGAUUUGAUUAUUCUGUAAAACCUUUACAGGAGACAUUGUUGACUCUUUUCCAAAGAUAUUCAGAACUUUUGAUCAACCAGUAUAGUGAAGUAUUUGAAAAGAUUGUGCAAGAAGAUGAAUGCAUGCCUAUGACAGUUGAAAAUGAUGACGAGUUAAAGGAAGUCAUGCAAUAUACCCGAUUCCGACCUGACCGUGAAUUUAUCAAACGAUAUGGAUUCCCGCUUCGAUUACCCUUCUCUAAAGUAUUUCCUACCUGUUGUCGUGAUGUCAGUUUCUUUGUGCACCAAUUUUAUCAAUUUGCUGAGGGAUUCAGUCAGACACACGGAGAAAUGGAUGACAUAUUGAAAAAGGCUGUGGAUAGCUUAUUGAUCCAAAAAGUCAAUGCGAUUCUGUUAAAGAAGCUACAAUCGACUAAUUUGUCUCAAAUCGUGCAAAUUAUUAUCAAUAUUGAAUAUUUUGAAUCAACGUGUCCCGAUUUCGAGAUGUUACUAAUGGAGACUCGGUCCUUUCAUCGAUCUGGUCACAUUCAUUUGAAAGCUACUUCUACUUUCCAUGAUACCCGUAGAAAAGCAGAGAAGCGUAUUUUUGAAUUGGUCAACUCCAAACUUGAUGAAUUUUUGGAGCUUUUCGAAUACGAUUGGUAA